AUGUCUUAUACUGAUUUGAUUACAGUGUGCCGUGCCCGGGUCGACUUGGCUUUCGUCAUCGAUGGUUCAGGAAGCAUCGAGCAUUAUGGCAAAGGAAACUUCCGACGAUGCCUCAACUUUGUCAGAGCGAUUGUCAGCCGCUUCAACUUUAGAGGCAGGCAAACCCGAGUAGGGGUCGUACUGUUCUCGUCAAGGCCUCGACUGAUCUUCGACUUUCGACGUUAUCGUUCCAAAGGACAAAUUCUAAAUGCCAUUAGUCGGAUACGAUACCCCAGGGGUGGUACGAAGACCGGAUAUGCUAUGCGGUACUGUUAUAGCCGGGUGUUCCGGUAUGCACGGAGAGGAGUUCGUAAGGUAUAACUGUAAGAUACUUGACUGGCAAAACAUCUCAACCACUUUUUAUCAGCUGAAAAACUAAAUAUUCCAUUUCCCUUACCUAACCAGAAGUUGGAUCUUAUGUGUUUCAGGUUGCUAUAGUAAUGACUGAUGGAAGAUCAUAUGACAGUGUGGUGUCUCCUGCAAAUUUGUUCCGACGAGCAAACAUCAAAUGUUAUGCGGUAGGAAUCGGUCGGAAAUACAACAGUAGACAGCUCUUACAAAUAGCGGCAGGACGUAGAAGUCACGUGAUAACAGCUGGGUUUAGACAAUUGGGCUCUAUAGUGGGUACUAUACAACGACGAGCAUGUAGAGGUGUGUUACUUUUUAAUUUGAACUUAAAUGUUAGAACUAUAUGGCUUCAUAAAAUAGAACAUGUAUAAUUAUAAAACAACAAAUGAUCUAAACAAUAAACGUACACUUUAGGUUCUGAUUGAUUUGUUAAUAUAUUUUUCAUUUUGAAGCAAAGCUGAUGUGUUUUUCCUGCAGGUACACGUCCUAUUAGACCACCAGUAAGACCAGGAACAGGAGGUAUGUUUGUCACACAUCUUGUACACGAUAAAAUUAAAGUUGGGAUCAUAUUGCAUCUGAUAUUAAUAUUCUCAUAAGUUGACGGCAGCAGCAUACCUUUCUUUAAGCUCGGGGUUUAUUCUGCCGCAAUGGGGUUUUUAAGCUCAUCUCUGUACAAAAAAAAAAAGUCUUACUGGAUAGAAAUUGCAAGGAGGACUUUUUGUGUAUACAGAACUGAGAUAAAUUUUGAAUGCUUUUGGUGUAGGGGGUCACGCUAAUGGGAGGCAAUUUUUUAAAUGACCGUAACUGACACCAUUCCGAUAUUCAUUUCUUACGAGGCGUUGGUUUUUUGCAGCAUUAUAGAGUCCAAAUUAAAGGUUGAAAGGAUAGGUGAUUAAGACAAAUAGGUUUUGCAGAUGAACGGAAAUGAUGCCCAAGGAACUCACUCAUUGACCAAUCAGAGUUGUGUUACUUUCUUUGAGUCGUUCUAAAAUAAAAAACGCGCAACUCUCCCUUCACACUGUAAAAGAAAGUUCACUCCUGUGUUCACAUCUAAUUGCAGCGUGCCGUGCCCGGGUCGACUUGGCUUUCGUUAUCGAUGGCUCAGGAAGCAUCGAGCAUUAUGGCAAAGGAAACUUCCGACGAUGCCUCAACUUUGUCAGAGCGAUUGUCAGCCGCUUUAACUUUAGAGGCAGGCAAACCCGAGUAGGAGUUGUAUUGUACUCGUCAAGGCCUCGACUGAUCUUCGACUUUCGACGUUAUCGUUCCAAAGGACAAAUUCUAAAUGCCAUUAGUCGCAUACGAUACCCCAGGGGUGGUACGAAGACCGGAUAUGCUAUGCGGUACUGUUAUAGCCGGGUGUUCCGAUAUGCACGGAGAGGAGUUCGUAAGGUAUAACUGUAAGAUAUUUGACUGGUGAAGCCAUCUCAACUACAUUUGUAUUAGUACGAAAACUAGAUGUUCCAUUUCCCUUACCUAAACAGAAGCUGGAUCUUAUGUGUUUCAGGUUGCUAUAGUAAUGACUGAUGGAAGAUCAUAUGAUAGUGUGAUGUCUCCUGCAAAUUUGUUCCGACGAGCAAACAUCAAAUGUUAUGCGGUUGGAAUCGGUCGGAAAUACAAUAGUAGACAGCUCUUACAAAUAGCGGCAGGACGUAGAAGUCACGUGAUAACAGCCGGGUUUAGACAAUUGGGCUCUAUAGUGGGUACUAUACAACGACGAGCAUGCAGAGGUGUGUUACUUUUUAAUUUGAACUUAAAUGUUAGAACUAUAUGGCUUCAUAAAAUGGAAGAUCUAUAAUUAUAGAGAAACAGAUGAUUUAAACAAUAAACAAAUACUGUGGAGUCUUUUUGGUUUAUUUUUUCUAUUUAUUUUUCAAUUUGACUCAAAGCUGAUGUGUUUUUGCUGCAGGUACACGUCCUGUCAGACCUCCAGUAAGACCACCAAGAGGAGGUAGGUUAUUCACACACUUUGUACACAACAAUAUUAAACUCGUUUUCACACCGCAUCUGAGAUCAAUAUUCUCAUAAAGUGAUGGCAGAAGCAGGCAUUUGUUUGAGCCCGGGGUUUAUUUUGUGCAAUGGGGUUUUGAAGUUCAUUUUUUAAACAAAAGAAAACAGUCGAGCUGGAUAAAAGUUGCAAGAAAGAACUUUUUGUGUCAACAAGACCAGGGGAAUAUUGUCGCGUUAAAGUCUUCAGCUCUUCUAUCCCAGCCCUGAUUUUCUAAUGCUUUUUUGCAUAGGGGUCACGCUCAUAAAAUGCGAUUUUAUUAAAAUGUCGAAACUAGCAACAGUCCGAUACUGAUUCCCUACUAGGCGUUAGUUUUUUGCGGCGUUAUAGAUUUCAAAUAAAAGGUUGAAACAAUACGUAGUUAAGACAAACAGGUUUGCAGAUGAACGGAAAUGAUGCCUAAAGAACUGACCCAUUGGCCAAUCAGAGUUGUGUUACUUUCUUUGAGUCGUUCUAAAAUGAAAAACGUGCCCAACUGUCCCUACACACUGUAAAGGAAAGUUCACCCCUGUGUUCAUAUCUAAUUACAGCGUGCCGUGCCCGGGUCGACUUGGCUUUCGUCAUCGAUGGUUCAGGAAGCAUCGAGCAGUAUGGCAGAGGAAACUUCCGACGAUGCCUCAACUUCGUCAGAGCGAUUGUCAGCCGCUUUAACUUCAGAGGCGGGCAAACCCGAGUAGGGGUCGUACUGUACUCGUCAAGGCCUCGACUGAUCUUCGACUUUCGACGUUAUCGUUCCAAAGGACAAAUUCUAAAUGCCAUUAGUCGCAUACGAUACCCCAGGGGUGGUACGAAGACCGGAUAUGCUAUGCGGUACUGUUAUAGCCGGGUGUUCCGAUAUGCACGGAGAGGAGUUCGUAAGGUAUAAUUGUAAGAUAUUGAUAAACCAUAUCAACUACAUUUGUAUCAGCAGGAAAACUAGAUGCUCCAUUUUCUAUACCUAAACAGAAGCUGGAUCUUUCGUGUUUCAGGUUGCUAUAGUAAUGACUGAUGGAAGAUCAUAUGAUAGUGUGGUGUCUCCUGCAAAUUUGUUCCGACGAGCAAACAUCAAAUGUUAUGCGGUUGGAAUCGGUCGGAAAUACAAUAGUAGACAGCUCUUACAAAUAGCGGCAGGACGUAGAAGUCACGUGAUAACAGCUGGGUUUAGGCAAUUGGGCUCUAUAGUGGGUACUAUACAACGACGAGCAUGCAGAGGUGUGUUACUUUUUAAUUUGAACUUAAAUGUUAGAACUAUAUGGCUUUAUAAUAUAGAAGAUCCAUAAAUUAUAGAGCAACAGAUGAUUUAAACAAUAAACAAAUACUGUGGAGUCUUUUUGGUUUAUUUUUUCUAUUUAUUUUUCAAUUUUACUCAAAGCUGAUGUGUUUUUGCUGCAGGUACACGUCCUGUCAGACCCCCAGUACGACCACCAAGAGGGGGUAGGUUAUUCACACACUUUGUAUACAAUAACAUUAAACUCGUUUUCACAUCGCAUCUGAUACCAAUAUUCUCAUAAAGUGAUGGCAGUAGCAGGUAUUUGUUUGAGCCCGGGGUUUAUUUUGCGCAAUGGGGUUUUGAAGCUCAUUUCAGGACAAAGGAAAAACGGUCUAGCUGGAUAGAAAUUGCUAGAAAUAAUUUUUUGUCUACAAGGCUAACGGAAUAUUGUGGCGGAAAAGUCUUCAGCCUUCGUAUCCCAGCCCUACUUGUCUAAUGCUUUUUGUACAGGGGUCACGCUCAUAAAAUGCGUUUUUUUUAAAUGACCGAAACUAGCAACAGUCCGAUACUGAUAUCCUAGGGUUUUGAAGCUCAUUUCUUGAAAAAAAAAGAAAAAAACGGUCUAGCUAGAUAGAAAUUGGAAGGAGGACUAUUUUGUGUCUACAGAGCUAGGAGAAAUUUUUAAUGCUUUCGGUGUGGAGUUCACGCUAAUAGGAUGCCGUUUUUUUUAAAAUAACCUGAACUAACGCCAUUCCGAUAUUCAUUUCUUACUAGCGGUUAGCUUUUUGCAGCAUUAUAGAGUCAAAAUUUAAGGUUGAAAGGAUAGGUCGUUAAGACAAAAAAACGGAAAUGAUGCCUAAGGAACUCACCUAUCGGCCAAUCCGAGUUGUGUUACUUCCUUUCAGUCGUUCUAAAAUGAAAAGCGCGCCCAACUGUCCCUACACACUGUAAAAGAAAGUUCACUCCUGUGUUCAUAUCUAAUUGCAGCGUGCCGUGCCCGGGUCGACUUGGCUUUCGUCAUCGAUGGUUCAGGAAGCAUCGAGCAGUAUGGCAAAGGAAACUUCCGACGAUGCCUCAACUUCGUCAGAGCGAUUGUCAGCCGCUUUAACUUCAGAGGCGGGCAAACCCGAGUAGGAGUCGUACUGUACUCGUCAAGGCCUCGUCUGAUCUUCGACUUUCGACGUUAUCGUUCCAAAGGACAAAUUCUAAAUGCCAUUAGUCGCAUACGAUACCCCAGGGGUAGUACGAGGACCGGAUAUGCUAUGCGGUACUGUUAUAGCCGGGUGUUCCGAUAUGCACGGAGAGGAGUUCGUAAGGUAUAACUGUAAGAUAUUGAUAAACCAUCUCAACUACAUUUGUAUCAGCAAGAAAACUAGAUGCUCCAUUUUCUAUACCUAAACAGAAACUGGAUCUUUUGUGUUUCAGGUUGCUAUAGUAAUGACUGAUGGAAGAUCAUAUGACAGUGUGGUGUCUCCUGCAAAUUUGUUCCGACGAGCAAACAUCAAAUGUUAUGCGGUUGGAAUCGGUCGGAAAUACAACAGUAGACAGCUCUUACAAAUAGCGGCAGGACGUAGAAGUCACGUGAUAACAGCCGGGUUUAGACAAUUGGGCUCUAUAGUGGGUACUAUACAACGACGAGCAUGCAGAGGUGUGUUACUUUUUAAUUUGAACUUCAAUAUUAGAACUAUAUGGCUUUAUAAUAUAGAAGAUCCAUAAAUUAUAGACGAACAAAUUAUUUAAACAAUAAAAACAAAUACUGCGGAGUCUUUUUGGUUUAUUUUUUUCUAUUUAUUUUUCAAUUUGAGUUAAAGCUGAUGUGUUUUUGCUGCAGGUACACGCCCUGUGAGACCUCCAGUGAGACCACCAAGAGGGGGUAGGUUAUUCACACACUUUGUACACAACAAUAUUAGACUCGUUUUCACACCGCAUCUGAUAUCAAUAUUCUCAUAAAGUGAUGGCAGUAGCAGGUAUUUGUUUGAGCCCGGGGUUUAUUUUGCGCAAUGGGGUUUUGAAGUUCAUUUCUAAACAAAAGAAAACGGUCGAGCUGGAUAAAAGUUGCAAGAAAGAACUUUUUGUGUCAACAAGGUCAGGGGAAUAUUGUCGCGUUAAAGUCUUCAGCUUUUCUAUCCCAGCCCUGCUUUUCUAAUGCUUUUUUGCACAGGGGUCACGCUCAUAAAAUGCGAUUUUAUUAAAAUGAUCGAAACUAGCAACAGUCCGAUGCUGAUUUCCUACUAGGCGUUAGUUUUUUUGCGGCAUUAUAAAUUUAAAAUAAAAGGUUGAAACAAUACGUAGUUAAGACAAACAGACAUGGUUUGAUGCACCCUGGUUUGCAGAUUUAAUGAAUGUAACCGAAGAAGUUACAAUUCAUAGACCCAACGUUUCGACACUCCUGUCUGGUGCCUUCAUCAGGGGCGAUCUAAACGCUGCAACAAGAGGUCCUUUUAUAUGAUCACUAAUUAGCGGUCUUUUUUCUGACGAGGUGUAAAUAGGCGUCAGGAAGCAAACCGCUAUCGUCACGAUUUAAAGGAGCGUGGGCGGAGUUAAUAUGCCAAGCCUCCAAAGAAAGGCGCUGGUGGCAACGCCGAUUAGUGGUGAUAAUUUUAGAAUUAUCCCACCCAAUUGUAUGGUUGGUUAGGCAUGUGUGCUCCGAUAAAGCAGAAUUUUCCUUUUUGUAAAAGAAAACCGCUUUUUGAUGCUCUUUUAAACGUGUACCAAUCUGACGUUUGGUCUGUCCGAUGUAUUUGUGGUCGCAGUCAUUGCAUGGAAUAAAAUAGAUGGCGUCGGUUCGUUGUUCUUUCGUGACAGGAUCCUUAGGUUUGGCCAAAAUAUGCCCCAAAGUCUGAAAAGGUUUUUGAGCAACUUUAACGUUGUGGUUAUUCAAAAUUCUCUUGAUGGGUUCGGUAGCACUUUGAAUGUAAGGGAUGACAGCAAAACCAGUCGAGCACCUGGUUGCCGUGUGAACUUUAAUAUAAGACAAACAGGUUUACAGAUGAACGGAAAUGAUGCCUUAAGAACUGACCCAUUGGCCAAUUAGAGUUACGUUAAAUUCUUUGAGUCGUUCUAAAAUGAAAAACGCGUCCAACUGUCCCUAUACACUGUAAAAGAAAGUUCACCCCUGUGUUCAUAUCUAAUUACAGCGUGCCGUGCCCGGGUCGACUUGGCUUUCGUCAUCGAUGGUUCAGGAAGCAUCGAGCAGUAUGGCAGAGGAAACUUCCGACGAUGCCUCAACUUCGUCAGAGCGAUUGUCAGCCGCUUUAACUUCAGAGGCGGGCAAACCCGAGUAGGGGUCGUACUGUACUCGUCAAGGCCUCGACUGAUCUUCGACUUUCGACGUUAUCGUUCCAAAGGACAAAUUCUAAAUGCCAUUAGUCGCAUACGAUACCCCAGGGGUGGUACGAAGACCGGAUAUGCUAUGCGGUACUGUUAUAGCCGGGUGUUCCGAUAUGCACGGAGAGGAGUUCGUAAGGUAUAAUUGUAAGAUAUUGAUAAACCAUCUCAACUACAUUUGUAUCAGCAGGAAAACUAGAUGCUCCAUUUUCUAUACCUAAACAGAAGCUGGAUCUUUCGUGUUUCAGGUUGCUAUAGUAAUGACUGAUGGAAGAUCAUAUGACAGUGUGGUGUCUCCUGCAAAUUUGUUCCGACGAGCAAACAUCAAAUGUUAUGCGGUUGGAAUCGGUCGGAAAUACAAUAGAAGACAGCUCUUACAAAUAGCGGCAGGACGUAGAAGUCACGUGAUAACAGCCGGGUUUAGACAAUUGGGCUCUAUAGUGGGUACUAUACAACGACGAGCAUGCAAAGGUGUGUUACUUUUUAAUUUAAACUUCAAUAUUAGAACUAUAUGGCUUCAUAAAAAAUAAACAAAUACUGUGGAGUCUUUUUGGUUUAUUUUGUCUAUUAAUUUUUCAAUUUUACUCAAAGCUGAUGUGUUUUUGCUGCAGGUACACGUCCUGUCAGACCUCCAGUAAGACCACCAAGAGGAGGUAGGUUAUUCACACACUUUGUACACAAUAACAUUAAACUCGUUUUCACACGGCAUCUGAUAUCAAUAUGCUCAUAAAGUGAUGGCAGUAGCAGGUAUUUCUUUGAGCCCGGGGUUUAUUCUGCGCAAUGGGGUUUUGAAGUUCAUUUCUAAACAAAAGAAAACAGUCGAGCAGGAUAAAAGUUGCAAGAAAGAACUUUUUGUGUCAACCAGGCCAGGGGAAUAUUGUCGCGUUAAAGUCUUCAGCUUUUCUAUCCCAGCCCUGCUUUUCUAAUGCUUUUUUGCACAGGGGUCACGCUCAUAAAAUGCGAUUUUAUUAAAAUGAUCGAAACUAUCAACAGUCCGAUGCUGAUUUCCUACUAGGCGUUAGUUUUUUGCGGCAUUUUAAAUUUAAAAUAAAAGGUUGAAACAACACGUAGUUAAGACAAACAGACAUGGUUUGAUGCACCCUGGUUUGCAGAUUUAAUGAAUGUAACCGAAGAAGUUACAAUUCAUAGACCCAACGUUUCGACACUCCUGUCUGGUGCCUUCAUCAGGGGCGAUCUAAACGCUGCAACAAGAGGUCCUUUUAUAUGAUCACUAAUUAGCGGUCUUUUUUCUGACGAGGUGUAAAUAGGCGUCAGGAAGCAAACCGCUAUCGUCACGAUUUAAAGGAGCGUGGGCGGAGUUAAUAUGCCAAGCCUCCAAAGAAAGGCGCUGGUUGCAACGCCGAUUAGUGGUGAUAAUUUUUAGAAUUAUCCCACCCAAUUGUAUGGUUGGUUAGGCAUGUGUGCUCCGAUAAAGCAGAAUUUUCCUUUUUGCAAAAGAAAACCGCUUUUUGAUGCUCUUUUAAACGUGUACCAAUCUGACGUUUGGUCUGUCCGAUGUAUUUGUGGUCGCAGUCAUUGCAUGGAAUAAAAUAAAUGGCGUCGGUUCGUUGUUCUUUCGCGACAGGAUCCUUAGGUUUGGCGAAAAUAUGCCCCAAAGUCUGAAAAGGUUUUUGAGCAACUUUAACGUUGUGGUUAUUCAAAAAUCUCUUGAUGGGUUCGGUAGCACUUUGAAUGUAAGGGAUAACAGCAAAACCAGUCGAGCACCUGGUUGCCGUGUGAACAUUAAUAUAAGACAAACAGGUUUGCAGAUGAACGGAAAUAAUGCCUAAAGAACUGACCCAUUGGCCAAUCAGAGUUAUGUUAAAUUCUUUGAGUCGUUCUAAAAUGAAAAACGCGUCCAACUGUCCCUACACACUGUAAAAGAAAGUUCACCCCUGUGUUCAUAUCUAAUUACAGCGUGCCGUGCCCGGGUCGACUUGGCUUUCGUCAUCGAUGGUUCAGGAAGCAUCGAGCAUUAUGGCAAAGGAAACUUCCGACGAUGCCUCAAUUUCGUCAGAGCGAUUGUCAGCCGCUUUAACUUCAGAGGCGGGCAAACCCGAGUAGGGGUCGUACUGUACUCGUCAAGGCCUCGACUGAUCUUCGACUUUCGACGUUAUCGUUCCAAAGGACAAAUUCUAAAUGCUAUUGGUCGGAUACGAUACCCCAGGGGUGGUACGAAGACCGGAUAUGCUAUGCGGUACUGUUAUAGCCGGGUGUUCCGGUAUGCACGGAGAGGAGUUCGUAAGGUAUAAUUGUAAGAUAUUGAUAAACCAUCUCAACUACAUUUGCAUUAGCAGGAAAACUAGAUGCUCCAUUUUCUAUACCUAAACAGAAGUUGGAUCUUUCGUGUUUCAGGUUGCUAUAGUAAUGACUGAUGGAAGAUCAUAUGAUAGUGUGGUGUCUCCUGCAAAUUUGUUCCGGCGAGCAAACAUCAAAUGUUAUGCAGUUGGAAUCGGUCGGAAAUACAAUAGUAGACAGCUCUUACAAAUAGCGGCAGGACGUAGAAGUCACGUGAUAACAGCUGGGUUUAGACAAUUGGGCUCUAUAGUGGGUACUAUACAACGACGAGCAUGCAAAGGUGUGUUACUUUUUAAUUUGAACUUCAAUAUUAGAACUAUAUGGCUUUAUAAAAUGGAAGAUCUAUAUUUAUAGAGCAACAGAUGAUUUAAACAAUAAACAAAUACUGUGGAGUCUUUUUGGUUUAUUUUUUCUAUUUAUUUUUCAAUUUGAGUUAAAGCUGAUGUGUUUUUGCUGCAGGUACACGUCCUGUCAGACCUCCAGUAAGACCACCAAGAGGGGGUAGGUUAUUCACACACUUUGUACACAACAAUAGUAAACUCGUUUUCACAUCGCAUCUGAUAUCAAUAUUCUCAUAAGGUGAUGGCAGUAGCAGGCAUUUGUUUGAGCUCGGGGUUUAUUUUGUGCAAUGGGGUUUUGAAGUUCAUUUUUUAAACAAAAGAAAACAGUCCAGCUGAAUAAAAGUUGCAAGAAAGAACUUUUUGUGUCAACAAGGCCAAGGGAAUAUUGUCGCGUUAAAGUCUUCAGCUUUUCUAUCACAGCCCUGCUUUUCUAAUGCUUUUUUGCAUAGGGGUCACGCUCAUAAAAUGCGAUUUUAUUAAAAUGAUCGAAACUAUCAACAGUCCGAUACUGAUUCCCUACUAGGCGUUAGUUUUUUGCGGCGUUAUAGAUUUAAAAUAAAAGGUUGAAACAAUUCGUAGUUAAGACAAACAGGUUUGCAGAUGAACGGAAAUGAUGCCUAAAGAACUGACCCAUUGGCCAAUCAGAGUUGUGUUACUUUCUUUGAGUCGUUCUAAAAUGAAAAACGCGUCCAACUGUCCCUACACACUGUAAAAGAAAGUUCACCCCUGUGUUCAUAUCUAAUUGCAGCGUGCCGUGCUCGGGUCGACUUGGCUUUCGUCAUCGAUGGUUCAGGAAGCAUCGAGCAGUAUGGCAAAGGAAACUUCCGACGAUGCCUCAACUUCGUCAGAGCGAUUGUCAGCCGCUUUAACUUUAGAGGCGGGCAAACCCGAGUAGGAGUCGUACUGUACUCGUCAAGGCCUCGACUGAUCUUCGACUUUCGACGUUAUCGUUCCAAAGGACAAAUUCUAAAUGCCAUUAGUCGCAUACGAUACCCCAGGGGUGGUACGAAGACCGGAUAUGCUAUGCGGUACUGUUAUAGCCGGGUGUUCCGAUAUGCACGGAGAGGAGUUCGUAAGGUAUAAUUGUAAGAUAUUGAUAAACCAUCUCAACUACAUUUGUAUCAGCUGGAAAACUAGAUGCUCCAUUUUCUAUACCUAAACAGAAGCUGGAUCUUUUGUGUUUCAGGUUGCUAUAGUAAUGACUGAUGGAAGAUCAUAUGAUAGUGUGGUGUCUCCUGCAAAUUUGUUCCGACGAGCAAACAUCAAAUGUUAUGCGGUUGGAAUCGGUCGGAAAUACAACAGUAGACAGCUCUUACAAAUAGCGGCAGGACGUAGAAGUCACGUGAUAACAGCCGGGUUUAGACAAUUGGGCUCUAUAGUGGGUACUAUACAACGACGAGCAUGCAAAGGUGUGUUACUUUUUAAUUUAAACUUCAAUAUUAGAACUAUAUGGCUUCAUAAAAUAGAAGAUCUAUAUUUAUAGAGCAACAGAUGAUUUAAACAAUAAACAAAUACUGUGGAGUCUUUUUGGUUUAUUUUUUCUAUUUAUUUUUCAAUUUUACUCAAAGCUGAUGUGUUUUUGCUGCAGGUACACGUCCUGUCAGACCUCCAGUAAGACCACCAAGAGGGGGUAGGUUAUUCACACACUUUGUAUACAAUAACAUUAAACUCGUUUUCACAUCGCAUCUGAUAUCAAUAUUCUCAUAAGGUGAUGGCAGUAGCAGGCAUUUGUUUGAGCUCGGGGUUUAUUUUGUGCAAUGGGGUUUUGAAGUUCAUUUUUUAAACAAAAGAAAACAGUCCAGCUGAAUAAAAGUUGCAAGAAAGAACUUUUUGUGUCAACAAGGCCAAGGGAAUAUUGUCGCGUUAAAGUCUUCAGCUUUUCUAUCACAGCCCUGCUUUUCUAAUGCUUUUUUGCAUAGGGGUCACGCUCAUAAAAUGCGAUUUUAUUAAAAUGAUCGAAACUAUCAACAGUCCGAUACUGAUUCCCUACUAGGCGUUAGUUUUUUGCGGCGUUAUAGAUUUAAAAUAAAAGGUUGAAACAAUUCGUAGUUAAGACAAACAGGUUUGCAGAUGAACGGAAAUGAUGCCUAAAGAACUGACCCAUUGGCCAAUCAGAGUUGUGUUACUUUCUUUGAGUCGUUCUAAAAUGAAAAACGCGUCCAACUGUCCCUACACACUGUAAAAGAAAGUUCACCCCUGUGUUCAUAUCUAAUUGCAGCGUGCCGUGCUCGGGUCGACUUGGCUUUCGUCAUCGAUGGUUCAGGAAGCAUCGAGCAGUAUGGCAAAGGAAACUUCCGACGAUGCCUCAACUUCGUCAGAGCGAUUGUCAGCCGCUUUAACUUCAGAGGCGGGCAAACCCGAGUAGGAGUCGUACUGUACUCGUCAAGGCCUCGUCUGAUCUUCGACUUUAAACGUUUUCGUUCCAAAAGACAAAUUUUAAAUGCCAUUAGUCGGAUACGAUACCCCAGGGGUGGUACGAGGACCGGAUAUGCUAUGCGGUACUGUUAUAGCCGGGUGUUCCGAUAUGCACGGAGAGGAGUUCGUAAGGUAUAACUGUAAGAUAUUUGACUGGUGAAGCCAUCUCAACUACAUUUGUAUUAGUAGGAAAACUAGAUGUUCCAUUUCCCUUACCUAAACAGAAGUUGGAUCUUUUGUAUUUUAGGUUGCUAUAGUAAUGACUGAUGGAAGAUCAUAUGACAGCGUGGUGUCUCCUGCAAAUUUGUUCCGACGAGCAAACAUCAAAUGUUAUGCAGUUGGAAUCGGUCGGAAAUACAACAGUAGACAGCUCUUACAAAUAGCGGCAGGACGUAGAAGUCACGUGAUAACAGCCGGGUUUAGACAAUUGGGCUCUAUAGUGGGUACUAUACAACGACGAGCAUGCAGAGGUGUGUUACUUUUUAAUUUGAACUUCAAUAUUGGAACUAUAUGGCUUCAUAAAAUAGGGGAUCUAUAAUUAUAGAGCAACAGAUGAUUUAAACAAUAAAAACAAAUACUGUGGAGUCUUUUUGGUUUAUUUUUUCUAUUUAUUUUUCAAUUUAAGUUAAAGUUGAUGUGUUUUUCCUGCAGGUACACGCCCUGUCAGACCACCAGUAAGACCACCAAGAGGGGGUAAGUUGUUCACACACUUUGUACAAAAUAACAUUAAACUCAUUUUCACAUCGCAUCUGAUAUCAAUAUUCUCAUAAAGUGAUGGUAGCAGCAGGUAUUUCUCUAAGCCCGGGGUUUGUUCUGCGUAAUGGGGUUUUGAAGCUCAUUUCAGGACAAAGGAAAAACGGUCUAGCUGGAUAGAAAUUGCUAGAAAUAAUUUUUUGUCCACAAGGCUAACGGAAUAUUGUGGCGGAAAAGUCUUCAGCCUUCGUAUCCCAGCCCUACUUGUCUAAUGCUUUUUGUACAGGGGUCACGCUCAUAAAAAAAAAUGACCGAAACUAGCAACAGUCCGAUACUGAUAUCCUAGGGUUUUGAAGCUCAUUUUCUGAAAAAAAAAGAAAAAAACGGUCUAGCUAGAUAGAAAUUGGAAGGAGGACUAUUUUGUGUCUUCAGAGCUAGGAGAAAUUUUUAAUGCUUUCGGUGUGGAGUUCACGCUAAUAGGAUGCCGUUUUUUUAAAUAACCUAAACUAACACCAUUCCGAUAUUCAUUUCUUACUAGGCGUUAGUUUUUUGCAGCAUAUAUAGUUACUUCCUUUCAUUCGUUCUAAAAUGAAAAGCGCGCCCAACUGUCCCUACACACUGUAAAAGAAAGUUCACCCCUGUGUUCAUAUCUAACUGCAGCGUGCCGUGCCCGGGUCGACUUGGCUUUCGUCAUCGAUGGUUCAGGAAGCAUCGAGCAGUAUGGCAAAGGAAACUUCCGACGAUGCCUCAACUUCGUCAGAGCGAUUGUCAGCCGCUUUAACUUCAGAGGCGGGCAAACCCGAGUAGGGAUCGUACUGUACUCGUCAAGGCCUCGACUGAUCUUCGACUUUCGACGUUAUCGUUCCAAAGGACAAAUUCUAAAUGCCAUUAGUCGGAUACGAUACCCCAGGGGUGGUACGAGGACCGGAUAUGCUAUGCGGUACUGUUAUAGCCGGGUGUUCCGAUAUGCACGGAGAGGAGUUCGUAAGGUAUAACUGUAAGAUAUUUGACUGGUGAAGCCAUCUCAACUACAUUUGUAUUAGUAGGAAAACUAGAUGUUCCAUUUCCCUUACCUAAACAGAAGUUGGAUCUUUUGUAUUUUAGGUUGCUAUAGUAAUGACUGAUGGAAGAUCAUAUGACAGCGUGGUGUCUCCUGCAAAUUUGUUCCGACGAGCAAACAUCAAAUGUUAUGCGGUUGGAAUCGGUCGGAAAUACAACAGUAAACAGCUCUUACAAAUAGCGGCAGGACGUAGAAGUCACGUGAUAACAGCCGGGUUUAGACAAUUGGGCUCUAUAGUGGGUACUAUACAACGACGAGCAUGCAGAGGUGUGUUAGUAGAUUUUAGUGUGAGAUAUGAAAGCUUCAUAAACAAGAAAAUUUGUCAUUAUAAUGGAUUAUUAUCAAAAGAAAUGUAUUAUUUUUAAUUUUGAAUGAAAGCUGGUGUGUUUUGCUUCCAGGUACGCGCCCUGUGAGACCUCCACGUGGAGGGAGUAAGUUUAUUGUUAUUUUUUUAUGGUAACAGUUUUGGCAUCGUGCCUGAACCACGAAGCAUUUUAAAGAAAGAAAAGCUCAGUAUUACAAAGGAAGAGCUGCAGUUAAAUUGAUAUGAAUAAAUAUGAACGAUAUAUAAAGUUUUUCCCUUUUUAUUGCCUGGUAUAAUAGAGUAACCAUAGAAGAAUCAGGGAUACCGAGCUACUUAGACCUAACUUUAAUUUCAUGAUUAAUGACGUUUAUUGAAGUCUGGCAUAAAAUGUUAGGCUAAUUUUCAAUGGGACACACAAGGCGUAAUCGCUGUUUUCAACAGGCUUAUUGGUGACUUUUUUCUUUAAAAGGGGGAAUCUGUAACCUUCCAAAAGUAACUGGUCCUUGCCGUGCUGCAAAGCGAAGAUGGUACUACAAUAGGGCCACAGGAAGGUGCCAGAUGUUCAUUUAUGGCGGGUGCCGAGGAAAUGCUAAUAACUUUCGGUCAAAAGCUGAAUGUGAACGAAAAUGCCUCAGAAGAAGUAAGUUUAAGCUAAAAAAAAAAAUUAAAAAUUUUAAAAAACGCCAACCUAAGCAAUUUGAAAUUUACUAUCCUUAGCAGGUCACAAAAAUUUUGUCAUUAACUGUUGUCAAAAUAUGAUUUUUUUAACAUAAUAUGACCAGCUCUUGAAAAGUUGAACCAAAGAUGUAUGAAAUAAAUCAUUCUGAAAUUAGAAGCAUGCACCGUCUGUUUCACAUGGCCGUUAGACUAUGAGCAAGGUCCCGUAAAAAAGCAGUAUUUUCACCUGUCAUACACUUACCAAAUUCCGAGUAUUUCAGUUAUGCUGAGAGUGAUUAUUUUCUACAUUUUCUGUUUACUUAGGGCUUUUAAAUAACAUCCAGAUAGCUGGUAGAUCUGGUUUCAUGUUAUGGGCUGGCUAAAAUCUGACAUACAUUAAAUUCCCUUCAAAUUGGUUGACGGCUAAGAAAAAGAGAGCAACCGGCUUUUUAAUGGAUCUCAAAAUGCCAAAAAUGCAAUUGUAAUAUUCAAACCAUCAAAAUUUUACCAGGGGAGCGAAGAAUUCCCCAACAAGUGGAAGCCCUUCAGGCCUACAAAAUUUCCCAGAGAAGCCCGGACGAACCUAGGGAGUGAAAGCUCCUCAGGCCUUCAAAUUUACUCGCCUAACCUUAACCCUAAACCACCAAACAUUAUUGAAACCACUGUUGCCGAAACUAUCGCGAUGUUACAGUAAUGCCAUCCCUCUUUUGGAAGUAUUUUUUCUGAAAAAACAUUGAAAAUUCGUUACACCGUCAAGACUAUCAGAUAUCCUUUACUAUACUGUUAUAUAAAAAAAUACUUUCAGUGGCAAUUCCAAUUUUUUAUUACUUGUUUUUGCUCAUACGCUUGUUUUGUUAAGUAAAAAGUCUUUUACGCAGAACUUACAAUUGCUCUUUGUUGUUUCCUUUUUAGGGAGAGUUAUCAGAAUUACUGCAAACGUCAUAGGUAAGAAUUUUUUUUUUGUACCUGAGGCAUCUACUGAGAACUGAUGUGUUUUAAUGGAAGGACUCGGGUUUUCUUUAAUCGUUAGUUGUUUUUACCCCAAUUUCAUAGGAAGUACGUCGUGGAAAGGCGUGAAUUAGAGGGAAAACUAUUUUUCAAGCGAGCUAAAUAAAAAGUGUCGAUGUGAAUUCAUAACUCAAUAAGUUAAUAAUACUAAUUGACCUGUCUUGAAUUCAAAGACUUGUAAGUACAUAUACGCUACUCAUUUUAAUUCGAGGCCCUUGCACAGCCGUUGAAUAAUCACAUGUUGAGUGUUUACUUUCACAGCAAUAAGUAAAGGAUGCUUCAGGGACACUGGUCGACGAGCGGUAGCAACACUGGAAGGUAGAAGUCGUCUUUUGAAAGGAAGUUACCGCAGAAGGCGUUACGCAAUUCAGAAGUGUGCUAUGGCAGCGAAAAGGCGAGGUUGGGGUGUUUUCGCUGUGCAACAUGGCGGAUGGUGUGCUUCCGCGAAAUAUGCGUAUCGAACAUAUGGUAAAUACGGAAGAUCCAACAGAUGUAGACAUGGAAAGGGAGGACCUUGGGCAAAUGACGUCUACUUUCUUAAGGGUAAGUUUGUUAAAAAAGUGACUGAGUCUGUCAAUAUCUAUGUACAACAAGUCAAAAUCUGAGAAUGGAUUUUUACCGAGGUACCACAAGUUGAUGUUGAAACUUCAUUUAAAAAUUUUACUCCACACUUAAUUUAAAUUUUUAUCCAAACACGUUCUAAAUAAUCAAAGAAAACUUAACUUACCUUAAGGUAAAAGCUUUAUUUUGUGCCCUUGUUUACGAAAAGCUUCUGGCAACGUGUACAGCACCAAGUUUUCCCGCCAAAAUAUCACCGGUGUCACUGAGCGAAGGCUGGGACUCUUUAAACCAAAAUGGCGGACAUUGAGCCACUAUGCCCAUCAGUUGUUUUGUUAAAGAGACAAAAUUUCACGACAUUCCAGCCUAUGAUUGAAAUACAUUUGAGCUUUUCUAUAUUUCAAGUUAACUCCCUUUCACGAUAUCAGUGCCUGUAAGACGAGAAGUUGUGAUCAUAACGUUUGUCCAGGCAGUGCAUCUGCGAAUCGCGUGCCAUGGAAUUUGUUACAAAGUCAGUACAGUGUCUUCAGUAAUGCAGUUCUCAGAGUACGUUUUCAUAAACUAAGAUAAUCUCACAACAUAAAUCUCCUGUGAGUGCGUUGGAAACGGGAAAAUAUAUUGUAUAAGAACAAGUCCUUUAGCAGUUGCCUAAUUUUUUUUUGGCGUUUUUCAGGGUCAUGUCGAAAACGCACAACUCAAAACUUCUGUUGCGUGUUUCCGUUCAUUUACCGCGGCAAACGAUACAACAGUUGUACCAGAAUAAGAUCUCGACGGCCAUGGUGUGCUAUAACUCCCAACUAUGAUGUAGACAAAUUGUUUGGAUAUUGUGGUGGUGCAGGUGAAGAAAUGUGUUUGAUGACUCAACUUUUAAUUCCGUUAAAUUUAUUUCAUUGGUAAUACUAAGUAAAAUGAGUGAUUUAGAUUUUCAGAUUAAGAUUAUAUUUUGGCAAGAAAAUAUAUUUUUUAAUUAUAUAUGCAAAUUUUUGUUUGUGAGGAAGCUCAUUUGGCUGAUGACUGCGAGCUUCCCCCUUAACUAAGACUUAAAUUUAGUUAAUUUGUGGACUGUAAUCAGUGUAAAAAAGCUAUUAUGAGAAAGACAAAUGGACCAAGCACAGCAUUUUUUUGAUGUGAAAUCAAAAUUAUGAUUUCAGUCCCAUAGUUCUAGACACAAAGCCUUAUUACCAGUACAUCCGUUUUGAAAUCACAUCAUUUGAUGGUCCAAGUUAUCGGAUAUUGGUAGUCACAAUUGUUGUACUAAUCCUGUGGCAAAAGAAAGUGAAUAUGAAAAUUAGGAAAAGAGUAUAAUUGGUGAAUAAAUAACAUUGCUGAAAUCUGCAAUCCAAUUGCUUGUUUUGUCUUACUCUUCCAUCCUUACUGGUUGGGGGAGAAGGUGCUCUUCAUAGAAAAAAGUGUGAUUUGUGAAUAAAUUACAUCUUUCUGAUUAAGGGCCAAUCAAAUUACAAGGGUCACCAGUUAUUUUCAAAUAGAUGUAAUAAAGUAUGAUUAUUUUAUUUCUACUUUCAGGACGUCCUGUAAGACUCACACCACCCCUGAGACGUAAGUGUUUAUAAACCAAAUUCUAAACUGAUAAUAGUGGUGGUGCUGAUAAUACUUUUUGUAAUAAGAUUGCAGUUCAGACUUUUGUCAAGGGUACUAUUAGUGUUAAGAAGAGUGAAAAAAGUUUUAAUGACAAACUGAUGAUAUGCUAGUAAUUAAGUGAUCAAAAACUGUACUGAAUCUAGGUCAAACCAAAAGCUUCCUUGCAGUCUGUCCAUGCCAAAUUUUGUUUAAUUUUUUGGUCUAAUAUUAUAAUACAACAUAACAAAACACAUUUCUUUUGUCCUCUUUUUUCAGUCCAGAGAAUUGGUUGUUUUAAGGAUACAUGGCGUAGGGCCAUCCCACAACUAGAUGGUAAAAGUCCUAUGUUAAGAGGAAACUAUAAGCGCCGAAGAAAAGCUAUUGAAAAAUGUGCUUAUGAAGCUGUAAAGCGUGGCUAUCAGUUCAUUGGAAUCCAAGAUGGUGGAUGGUGUGCAUCCGGACCAAGGGCUCACAAAACCUUUGCUAAGUAUGGCCGAUCAAACAGAUGUAGGAAUGGCAAAGGUGGACCUUGGGCUAAUGAUGUUUACAGGAUUAUAGGUGAGACUGUGUUUGGUGAAAUUUCCAGUUUCCAAAUUGGCAAACUUGCCUAUAUAAAUUCCAGUUCUAUUGAAAUAUCAAAUGUGCAUAAUAUUACCUAAGCUUUUCACUUUCACAUCUCAUUAGUAAUUCUCCUUACUGUCUACAACUCUUAUGAUGUUAGUUGGAAAAUUUUAUAUUGGAUCAUACAAGAAUCCCCUAAAUUAUAUUUUUCUUGAUUCUCAUCACCUAUCUUGUAUUGUUAUUGUAAGGAGAAAUUCUUUCUUAAUCACUCAUAGGAGUUAAAGGCUUGAAUGUUGGAAAGUAUAAUAUAUUUAUUUAUUAGUUUACAAGAAACUUUGAUGAAAUCUUUUCAAGUAGCAAGUAGUUACAAGUGUUGAGAGGUUGAUCAAUUCAUUUACUUUUCAUUGCUCUUAAAAAAUAUAUUAUCUGAAAAAAUAUGUAUUUACAUAACCAACAUUGAAGACAAUGGUUGCUUUUAAUGAUAAUCAUCACUUUUCCUAUGUAUUUUUUUGUUUUCCAAUGCUGUCAUUGUUUGUUGCUUAGUAUUUGAAUGUGGAAUGACAGUAGUAUAAUUUAUUUUUUCCCUUUUUCCCUGAUUUGAUCAGUUAGCCAAAGAAAAUGUUUUGUGUUUCUUUUUUGUUAGGAAAAUGCAGAAAACGAACUACGUCUGGUUACUGCUGUGUGUUCCCAUUCACCUAUGGUAGACGUCGUUACAAUAGAUGUGCAAAAACAAGGAGUGGGCGGCCAUGGUGUCCAAUUACACCAGAUUAUCCUCGGAGCAAACAAUGGGGAUAUUGCCGUGGUUACAGAGGUAUUAAUGAAGAUAUACUAUUACUAUUAUAACAUUAGACUUGAUCAAAGUGAGGUAAUUGUUAGUUACUUUUUUUGCAGCGUUGCUAAUGCUUGUCAACUUCUUUUGCUCCACCAGCUCCUCCAACUAAAGUAACCAGUGGAGUUGUGAGUAAGUAACUUGAUAGCUUUCUUAUUUGUUUUUGUGUUACAUCAUGCUUGCACAUUUUUAGUAUUUACUGUACUGUCAUUACUGUCCAAGUGAUGCCAAAUGAAAUAAGUGGUACUUGAUUUAAAUGAUUAUUACUAUUCUGCUAAUUAACAUCACUAAGAUCUGUCUGUUUUCUUGUUUUCUUUCUCCAAAUGUGAAUUGAUUUUGAUACUUCUUGUAUUACAGUUCGAUCCCGAGGCUGUUACAGAGAUACAGGUCGCCGAGCCAUUCCACAAAUGGAUGGAAAAGGCCUUCUUGUGCGUGGUUUCUAUAGACGAAGAAGUGAUGCCAUAGCAAAAUGUGCUCUGGAGGCUGCCAAGCGACACUACAGAGCUUUUGCUGUUCAACAUCAGGGAUGGUGUGCUACAGGCCCUAGAGCUCACCUGACAUACAGGAAGUAUGGACGAUCCAAUCAAUGUAGGAAUGGCAAAGGUGGUCCAUGGGCAAACGAUGUUUACUUUGUUUCUGGUUGGUUUAAAAAAAUGAAUACCACUGUUUUAAACUGUUUUUAUAUAUGGGAUAAUUAUCUACAUAGGAUAACAUAAAAAUUUGUUUUUAUAGGUAAAUGUCGAAGAAGGGCCACAAAUCACUACUGCUGUGCAUUCCCGUUCAUCUACAAAGGACGUCGUUAUAACAGUUGUACAAGAAGAAACCACAAUCGACCAUGGUGUGCUCUGACACCCAACUAUGAUCGCGACAAGAAAUGGGGAAAUUGUAAAUGUAAGUUUUAUCAUAAACCAGCUACUUAUGGUGUAUGUGUUGAAAUACUUUAAAUUAAUUGUGCAGUUGUGCAGUCUGAUUGUCUGGCUGACAGUUGUCCUGAGAAGGACUAUUGUGGAUAGUAGUGACUGAUGUUCUGACAACCUUAGUCAAAGUCAUUAUCAGAGUUGAGUGAUUAACAUCAGAGGAGACCCAGAAAAUAUUUCUCGUGAGAAACACUAAAUAAUAAACCUACUGUAUAGCUUAAUAUUAGCAGUGACCCCUUUAAACCAUCAAAUCCCUCAUGAGACUUUGAAUCCUUUUCCAUUACACUAGGCCGACGUCGCAAACCAGUCCGACCUGUUGUACCUCGAGUUAGAGGUAAGUGUCGCAGUACCUUUUCAUAUUUGAUAAAAAAGUAAACUUCUAUCUGAAUUGAAGUCUUUCAUACAUUCCAUUUCUAGAAUAUGAGCUGUUUACAACUUUGCCCAUUGUUCUUUUUUUUUUUUCUUUUUUUUUUUUUUUUUUUGGAUCAUGUGUGCUAGCUGAAUGGACUAAAUUAACUGUAAAGAGUACAGUUGUUAGGUACUUUUUGCAUAGUACAUAUAAUUUUUUUUAUAUUGUCACUAAUAAUCAGUUAUAGCUUAUGAUAUGUUUGUGAUAGCUUACAAUAUUGUGUUUAGGCUCUUGCUCUAAUCAUCGUAGCAGCUUUACAAAUAAGUGAAUUGUUGUAAUAGUUAAUACAUAUCGUGGAUUAAAAUCUCUCAACUUAAACUUUAUUUCUUGUUUGUUUUGUUUUGUUUUUCUUUUUUUUCCAGGACGUGUAAUCCGCAUCACAAUGGUUUUAGUGGGUGAGUAAACUAAAAUUAUUAAAAUUCUCUCGCAUGAACUUGCACAAUAUGCCUAUGUAGUUGAUUUACCUUAUACUGUUUAGACCCAAAACCACGUUAAACAUGGACUUCUCUUUCCUUAAAGGCUUUUUCGUAAUUUCCCUCGACAUAUAUACGUGAUUUUUUGUUUCGUAAAAUAUUGAUUUUUUCGUGGUUUUUGUUUCAAUCAGCUAAAGGACUCGGCUGCUUCAGGGACACAGGAAGACGAGCCAUAUCAACGUUGGAAGGCAAAAGUCGUCUCCUUAAAGGAAAUUACCGCAGAAGGCAGUACUCCAUUCAGAAAUGCGCUCUGGCGGCAAAGAGGAGAGGUUACACAGUAUUCGCAAUCCAACAUGGCGGAUGGUGUGCCUCUGCUAGACACGCUUAUCGUACAUAUGCCAAAUAUGGGAAAUCUAACAGAUGUAGGAAUGGAAAGGGUGGACCCUGGGCUAAUGACGUGUACGUCUUAAGAGGUAAAGAUGGCUUUGGUUUUUGUAACCCUCAUGUUUUAUUGCUAGAAACCUGUCAACCUCAAGUUGAUUUAUAGCAUAUGCAUAUCAUGUGGAAAUUUUGGUAAAAACAUAUUUGGAAAAAAUUUGUUUACUCCUUUUGUCUAUUUUUAUUUAAGCAUAGUUCAUAUCAGCAGUUUCUUGCAAAAAAAAUUAAGUGAACCAAAUUUUGAUUCUUGUGCUUUUGGUUGAAUUUUUGAAGCUGAUUGGCUGAGAAGUUAACCAAUGACGGGGCCGUAAAAACAAUGUCAAUGUGAUCCCGACACUCAAUUGCCGUAGUGCGACACACUCUCACUAUAUUGGGUUUUUUUGCCUUUGACGUCAGGGUCUUGUAGAGUUCGAUCAACCCGUGGUGAAUGCUGCGUGUUCCCGUUCGUUUACAAGGGCCGAAAGUAUACUAGCUGUACCACGGUCAAUUCUAGAAACCGUCGUCCAUGGUGUGCCUCAACUCCAAAUUAUGACGUGGACAAAUUGUGGGGUUACUGCCGAGGACGAGGAGGUGAGAAAUAUAUUGUUAUCUUUAAUGUAUCCGGUUUCGUUUUAUUUAAGUGGUAAAGAAUAGGAUACAUCGUACGAACAAACAACUAAGGUAUCUCAAUUGGUUUGUUUGUUUGCAUGUGAGAGAAUUGUAAAUUAGUUCUUAAAACUCUGUGAGAGAAAUAUUACUAGUUUUAAUCUGCGUUUUCUUUUUUUUCAAUUUCAGCUCCUAUCAUCAAGGUCACACCGCUAGUAACACGUAAGUAACGCUAUUAAUAUCUUGCUAGUCCUUCUUUCGCUUAGUGUUUUGCCAGAGUUGUUGUGUUAGUGUUACACUUGUCAGUCGUAUUAGCUACUACAUAUUUUUUUUCAUUUGGAGCCUAUCAGAGCGCAUUUUGACCGGGGGGUUAAAACUACUCCGGAAGCUUGGUAACCACAAUAGGUAACCUUAUCAAAGUUCAAUGUCACAAGCAGCGUAUAGGUAUUGAGAGGAAUUAUAGGAACGCAACCAAAAAAAAAGUAUUCUACUUAGGCGGAACUUGUUUUAGUUAAAAAGUUAACUGGAUGACAGCUUUAGCGAGUUCUCUCGACAAACUAUAACAUGGUAAAUCAGAACCAAUGCAAGUGUUCCCUUGUGUCUCGUUUCGUCUAUAGUCCAAAGAGUCGGCUGCUUUAAAGACACAUCUCGCAGAGCCAUCCCUUACCGUGAAGGCAGAAGUAUCCUUCUGAAAGGAAACUACCAAAAACGUCGCUUUGCCAUAAAGAAAUGCGCCUUAGAUGCUGCCAGGUUUGGCUACAAGUAUAUCGGGGUCCAACAUGGUGGUCAGUGUUUUUCAGGACCCCGUGUCCAGUUCACUUAUGCCAGGUAUGGCCGUUCAAACAGAUGUAGGAAUGGAAAGGGAGGUGGCUGGGCAAAUGAUGUCUACAGGAUCUCAGGUGAAGUGAUUUUUUACAGAAUAUCUACUUGAGUUUUUUUUUUUCUAUUAUUUCAUCAUUCCUUCUCGUUUUCUCUGGUUCUUCGCAAUGGUAACUGAACUGAGUGGAAUGCAGUUUGGUCGGAAAUCAUACUCGUGAUUUGGGGACAAAAGUUGCAAAGUUGCCACACAAUGGCUUCAUUGUCUUUCGUUUUCUUGCAAUUUGAUUGGUUACCAUUAGCAAACCUUGGAAUGUGAUUGGUUGUUUUGUCUUCAGCUCCUCAUUGUUGUUAUUUCAUUGGCUUGAGAAAAGGAGACGAUUUGGAGCAAAAAAAAUAGAGCGAUUCGUAAUAAAAAAAAUUUGCUCUACUGAUAGCCAAUCCGAUUGUAAAGGUCGCUGGUGAUUUGAAACUAGAUGUAGUUAAUUUAGGAAUCACUCAUGAUUAAACUAAAAGUUCUGUGAAGAAAAACCGAAAAACUAAAUAACGCAUAGGGCAAAGCAAAAAUAAGAGAGAAAAGUGAACUAAAUGAUUGUGUUGAAUAAUAAGAGUUUUCUAGUGAAAGAUUCUUAUUGUCAGUGAUGUGUUUCAAUUUUAGGAAAGUGCAGAUAUCGCACUACCACAGGUUACUGCUGUUCGUUUCCUUUCGUGUACCGCGGGCGUCGAUACAACAGUUGCGCCAAGAAUAAACGGGGACAAAGUUGGUGUUAUAUAACUCCGGACUAUAAGAGACGGAGACUUUGGGGAUACUGUAGGGGUGGAGCACGCCGUAAGUUCGUACAUUCAUAUCUAUUUGUGUCUAUUUUCAUCUAUUUAUUACAAUUGAACUACAACAAAUUGAUGAAAACAAUUCAAAAACAUUAUAGACAUAGUUAUAAUAACUAACAAAGUAAAAAGGCGCCCCACACAACUGACAAGGUAGAUCAAUUGCGCGCUUUACGACAGCCAUUUAAAAAAUUUGAAAAGAUACGUGUAUUGUUUGUGAAAGUUAUUUACGUUUUAUUUGCGUUUGUUUUUUUACAGCUCGACCAAUCCGGGUAACACCUAAUGUCUUGCGUAAGUAUGGCCACCUUUCUCUUUCUUUUUUUAUAUUUAUGUUAAAAAGAAAUUCUCGGAUAAAUUUUGAAUUUUUAGUCGAGAAACUGUAGACUCGUAAGACACACUGUGAAAAAAUGAUUCUGAUCUCACCUCUUUUGACCCUUGACCUUUUCCCUGCCAAGAUCUAAAUACAAAUUCUCUGGAGAUUCCUCCAUAUAUCUGUAAUUAUUUUAGCUCCGAGAAUUUGAUAUUAAAUCCAGGUAAAAUUUCUCGUCAUAACCUUUCUGCUGGAAAAUAAAAGAAUAUUGUUAGCAGUAAAUUCUCUUUGGUCACUCACAGGAGUGAAAGGGUUAAAUCACUAAGGACUAAUCACUAACUUUUACAUGGAUUGGUUCCUGUUCUCUUUUCAGUUAAACCUGCUGGAUGUUGGCGAGACACUGGCCGUCGAGCCAUUCCACAAAUGGAUGGCAAAGAUUUUCUUGUCCGCGGCUACUACCGAAGAAGAAGCGACGCCAUUUUCAAGUGCUUCGCAGCUGCAGCGAGACGUGGCUACAGGGCUUUUUCCGUUCAGCAUCAGGGAUGGUGCGCUACAGGUCCAAGAGCUCACUUGACCUACAGGAAGUAUGGACGAUCCAAUCGAUGUAGGAACGGCAAAGGUGGCCCGUGGGCUAAUGACGUGUAUUUUAUUCGAGGUGAGAGCACAGGAAUUGUGGCUCACGACUUAUCAGUACUCGACUUGACAUGAAUGGAUAUGACUUAACCUGAUUUGAGUGAAACUGCGCUACAUAAUUUUACAUGUCAUGAAUUGACUUAACAGAUUUAAAUUAACUUACCAGAUAUGCGUAACAUGACACAACGUGACCUCAACAGUGACAUGACGUCAUAGAUUAACACGACUCUAUCGGUGAAAAUGCGUUACGUGACAGAACGUGACCUUGAUAUUACUGGACAUGUUGUGACAUGGUGUGACAGAUUAACACAACUUUACCUGAUAUGAAAUUAACUUCGUUUCCUGACCCUACGUGUAACUUUGACAUGACUUAAUAUGGUUGAUAUUACUCUACUAAAUGUUAAUAUGAGUAACUUUUUAUGGAGCGUGACUUUAUUCGACUUGAGAUAUCAUUCGUGCCGUUACUUUUGAACUCUCACCUGUAGGAUCAUGCAGGAAACGAACCACCUCGCGCUACUGCUGUGCAUUCCCAUUUAUCUACAAAGGACGUCGUUACAAUCGCUGCACAUCGAAGAACCACAAACGACCUUGGUGCGCUCUGACGCCCAACUACGAUCGAGACAAGAAAUGGGGAAAUUGUGCAAGUAAGUUUUAGGCUGUGAACACGGAGGACUGAAUUAGAAACGUUGUUCUAACAACCAGAUAUUGAAUAAAGGUAUGAAAAUUAUUAAAGAAGGUAUCCAUUGUGACGAACGAGAGGAACUAAUGUUGUUGAUUUGUUCACAAAUUUUCACUAUCCUUACCCUUUAUUUAGUAUCCUCCGCUAGUUUGUUUGGAUAAAUAUGUUAAGAUGAAAACUAGACCUUUUACAAGAAGAAAUAUCGUUUCCUCGUUCCGAUCCAAAUUCACUUGUGGAGUUGUUUUUCUUUUUUGUGUUUUAUUUGACCUGAUUAUUAAGUGUUAAUUUAUAUAUCCAAUGUCUGCAUUCCUCUACAUUAGCAUCUAUCAGUUAGACAUGACUUAAUAUUGAUUUAAUAUUUGUUUUAAACACUCCACAGGACGUCGGCCUGUCAGGCCUGUUCGUCCAGUUGUUCCUUCAUACAGAGGUGAGCUCUAGCAGCUAUUCCAGCUUUUAUUAAUAGCAGUAAAGUAGACUGUUAGUAGUCGGUAUUUUCUUCUCCUUUUUUUUUUUUUUUUUUUUAACGAGCAUGGAGGGGAAGUGAAAGCAGAACUUUGGUCUGGACGGGAAGGGACUGGAUCGAGAUACGUGACACACCCUGUGUUUUCCCUGUCAUGUUUCAGUCUCCUCUCGUGCCAGGCUCUUUUCAAAAAAUGAAGAAAAAAGGCUCAAAGUGCACCAAUUAAGUGAACUUCUUGGAUGCUUAACUUCUGUCUUGUGUUCUUCACUUUCCAUGGUGAAAUUGAAGGCAGGAGUAGAACUGAUGGUUCCCUCGCGGUGACUCAAAAUACUUUUAUUCCUUACAGGGAAAGUGAUCAGAAUCACCGUUGGAUUGAAAGGUUGGUGCAGUUUCCUUCUUACGUGUAAUUCUGUGCAUUAGCAAGGUGUGACUUCCACUCGGUAAAACUUCGUUGUAACACCCAAAGAGUGUCAAUCUACUUAAUUAAGCGAAAGUAGAUUAAGCACACACGAGUCCUUCUGAAAACUGAGGUAUUAUAUCCAGACUGUAGUUGUAUUGCUUACUUAACUGUCAAGGUGCCAUCACUAAUUGCGAAUACAAUAGUAAAUUGGAAGCGAAGUUCGGUGAGCAACGGUCCAAAACAGGUCAAAGUUGUCCAAUGGUGAUUUUCCAGGUUUAGUUUUUCAUUACAGCGUAUAAAGGCCUUUUAGUAGCAGUUCGAUAGUUACUGGUCUUUAACGUUUUCUUUCAGUAAAGGGACUUGGCUGCUUCAGGGACACAGGCCGACGAGCUAUAGCACCACUGGAAGGCAGGAGCCGUCUUCUUAAGGGAAAUUAUCGUCGAAGGCGAUACGCCAUUCAGAAAUGCGCCCUGGCGGCAGCGAAGCGAGGCUUCAGAGUGUUUGGUGUGCAGCAUCAGGGGUGGUGUGCGUCAACGAAAUACGCCUACCGAACAUAUGGCAAAUACGGAAGAUCUAACAAAUGUAGAAAUGGAAAGGGAGGACCUUGGGCCAAUGAUGUUUAUGUCCUCAGAGGUGCUUUUGUAAACCAUUUUAUUUUUGGAAUUGAAAGAUUUUCUAUUUUUAAAAAGUCAUUGCUUAACCACUUCACUUUGCACUUCUAACUUUGUUCAUGACGCGAUUUCACCGAGAAACUGCUGACCUCCUAUUUUUCAGGCUCUCCUCGUGUACGAACAACCAAAGGCAAUAUUUGUGUGUUCCCGUUCAUCUACCGUGGAAGGCGAUACCGCCGCUGUACCCGAGUCAACUCAAGGCGGCCUUGGUGUGCACUAACCCCUAAUUACGAUGUAGAUAAACUGUAUGGCUGGUGCAGAGGACGAGGUAGGCGAAUGAUUUAUAUUAAAAGAUAAAGCUGUAGCACUAAGGGACUAGAUUUGUUUUUCAUUUUAUUGAUCUCUUUUCCACGCAUUUGACUAUAAUUGAGCUGAAAAAUGUCGUUCGUUUCUCCAGGGUCGUCAUUGCGUAGAGAGCAGUCAUAUUGCGAUUUCGUUGAACCUUACUGAAGCCUAAUGACUUGAAACUCACCAUCAUUUCUUCACUAACAGAUUGUUAAAAACAAAAAACAAAAAAAAAACAAAAACAAAAAAACCCAUGUUAAGUUUAUGAGUAUUGUAUCUGAAGAUUUUAGCAUCCCAUAAGGUUAUGAGUAAUCCCUUUGUUUUCCUUUCAUCAUUGUUUUGUGUUAUCAUUGAUGUUAUUAUUUUUAUUAGCAUUAUUAUCCUUAUUAUCGCUCUUUUGUCGCCUUUAGUGGGUAAGAGAAAGUAAAAACGUUCAGUCUAAUUUUGCACGCGUCCUCAAGGCUACGUUACUCCAACCUGUGUCUAUUGUUUUUCUUUUUUUCCUUGUAGGACGGCCUAUAAUAAUCUCUAGAACAUUAAGAGGUAAAAAUGAAUUCAUUAUUGCCUUUUUCAGCACAUACCUUAGUUUUUAACAGUCCAAAGCAUGAUUGUUUUAAUGCUGAAUUUGACACUAAUAUAGAAAAAACCCGCGUAUAAGAACCUAGGCUUUUUCAAGCUAGCCUCCAUAGCAUCUUAUUUAACUGGUGUUUACUGUGAAAUUAGGCUACCUAGAUUCUUAAUCAUGUUCUUAGUUUUUGUUUAAAAACAAAACAAAACAAAACAACUUGUAUAGGUGGGUGUGCGUAUGAUACUGUGCUGUAUACCAGCCUCGUAGUGCCUUGCUUUACAUGAUUAAUUUGUACACACAGUCGGAUAUGUUACAUAGCUGUGGUCUUAUAACACUGCCAGCAUUCUGGCUAGUUUUGUUACCUUUUGGUAUCGCAUGCGAUGUACCGUAUCAAAUUUGAACAAACUCUACAUUCUACAAAUAAGAAACUGUAAUGAGAUUUUGGCCUAGAAUGGUUUUUAUAAGAUGGGUGCUUAACUGGGAAAUUUUAGCUUAACAGAUCCUUCAGAGUUAGGUUCUUAUACGCGGACUUUUACUAAAUUACAGCUCAGAGAAUUGGCUGCUUCAAAGAUACGGGAAGAAGGGCAAUACCUAUACUGGAAGGUAAAAGCCGGUUUCUCAGAGGCAACUACCAAAGGAGACGCUAUGCCAUUAAGAAGUGUCUUUUGGAGGCAAUCAAGAGAGGUUACAAAGUAUUUGGAGUCCAACAUGGCGGGCAGUGUUUUUCAGGACCCAGGGCUCAGUAUACCUAUGCUAAAUAUGGACGCUCAAACCGAUGUAGGAAUGGAAAAGGAGGGCCGUGGGCCAACGAUGUCUACAGGAUUUAUGGUAUGCGAGUGUUCUUUGUGAUUGUCCUGUUCAAGGUCCACAAUUCAGUUGGUAUACUGUUGGAAGGUGACUGAAAUAACAUGAUGAAAGAAAGGGUGUUUUUACCGUGGGAGGACCCACAAAAUAUCUUGUUAAUUAUCUAUGGUGACCAGGUCUAUAAAGGCCAGAAGGGCAGUCCUUGAUUGCUAAGUUAGUGGACCACUUUUAAUCCUUUUUUUCUUAGAAGUAAAGACCUGUAUAACCAUCACUCAUGCUUCAAUGUGCAUUAUUUGACUACUUCUUACUACGUGUUAUGCAGACUCGAUUUGAUUAUUCUUUAGGGAGAUGCAGAAAACGUACGACGCAAGGUAACUGCUGCGUGUUCCCGUUCAAGUAUCGCGGGCGUUAUUACAACAGCUGCGCUAGAAAUCGUCGUGGUCAGCGGUGGUGUGCACUUACGCCUGAUUAUUCCAGGAACAAGCUGUGGGGAUACUGCAGAGGAGGAAGCAAACGUAAGUGAUAAUUUAAGUUGUCUCUUGGAGGGCAUAGCAACCACAACAGCCAAUCAGAGUAUAUGUAAAUAUCCCAAGGAACCAAUGAGAACUUUAGAGUAACAAGAUACAAACAGCAAUCAGCAUGAAGCGCGGGAAAACGCGAGUGCCCUAGCCGGUAUUGGUUUUGUUUUAGGUACUGAUUGGUUAAGAGAAUGGCGCAUGCUCUGUAGACCAAUAAUAGAGCGUGUCGAUUGAAGGAAAGCCAGCGCAAUCCAGGAUUAGAAUCAACACUGAAUUGAAAACUGCUCUAAAAUGUUUCUGUUUUCCUUUUUCAUUUCAUGUUGCUUUCGAUUCAAUAGGUUACAAUACUGAAACCAGAUUUUCGACCUUAAUUAAGUCUUUGUGAUUGGAACAUGGGUCUUACAACGUUUAAAGCGUUAUUUCUCAUCCCAAUACGUACCUCCCCAUACCCCCCAACAACCAUCUCUAAAAACUUCAAACUUGUGCGUGUGAAGCUCGGGCUCAAAAGGUCUUUAUCUUCGUUCAGUGCUACAUUUUGACAUGUUUCUGUGAUCAGAUGCCAAUUCAUCAUGAUGUUAGAUUCUCCUUUCUUUUAAUCGGAAAUAAUCAAAAAAGAAAUAAGAGCCCCUCUUAACGUGUGUACUGUAUCAUCAAGUUAUGUUUUUUUAAUGUUUAUUUUCCAGCUGCUCCAAUCAGAAUUUCUGGAGUUAUAGGUAGGUUUAUACAGUGGACAUUUCUCUCCAAGUAUAGUAAAACCUUGUUUUAAUUUCGUAAAAAUAUUGAAAUUCUUAUUAUAAAGAGUGUAAGCAUUAGGUUUGUGCCAGACGAAUUUUCCGUAAACUCUUUUUGUUUCCAAAGGGACAAUAUUGAAAUAGCUUUGAGUUGGAAUUUUUGCUAAUUUUUCUGUUUGAUACAUAUCUUUAAGACUUUUGAAAUACUCAAUUUUGUUUGACAUACAUUUCUCUUCAUUUUACAUUUCAUUUUCAGUCCGAUCCAUUGGCUGUUUCAAAGAUACCGGUCGUCGAGCCAUCCCGCAAAUGGAUGGCCGAGGUAUCCUGGUACGGGGUUACUACCGAAAACGAGCGGACGCCAUCUUUAAAUGCGCCCUAGAGGCCAUGAAGCGUUCUUAUAGAUACUUUGCGGUUCAACAUCAGGGAUGGUGCGCUACGGGCCCGAGGGCUCACGUGACAUACAGGAGGUAUGGACGAUCCAAUCGAUGUAGGAAUGGAAAGGGAGGACCUUGGGCUAAUGAUGUUUACUCCAUCACGGGUAGGUGAUAAUUUUAACGUCGAGGUUUUCUCUUUUCUUAAACAGACGUAAUUUUUUUUUGUUUUCCAGGCGUCGAGAGGCAUGCGCGAGGCAAAAGUAAGGAUAGCGUGAACAGUCCCCCCCCCCAGCGCGUGUUUCCCGCCAUAUGCACUUGAUUCUGUUUGAAUAAAGUUGAAACAAACGCCAGUUCUGCAGGCUGUUUAUCACAAAAAUGGGGAGAGUUUUAAAUUUUUUACCUCAGACGAUUUCAACGUGUCGUUCCCGAAUAGAAACUGAAGUCAAAAUAUUACGGAUUUAUCAGCUGGUGACCCAAGCUGUUUCUAAGCUUCUGAAGUUCGCGUUUUUCAAGUAAUCCAUCCACCUCCUUAAUUUUUCUACUUUAAUUUAACCUUUUCCUCCUCCCCCCUCCCGGUUGAAUUUGUGAACAGUGGAGUAUCGGUAAACGAGCCUUCAAGGUUGCGCGCAAAUAUUUCCAAAGAUUAUCGACAUCUUUUUCACUGUCAGGGGUAUUGUCGUCUCACGGUAUAAGUAAUAUAAAAAUGUCUAGAGUUAUGAAGCCAAUUUUAAAUUUUGAUUUUCAUCGAUCCUUAACUUUACACAAAUCUAAAUUAAUUAUCUCACCUCGUACAUACAGGUUCAUGCCGAAGGCGCACAACUUCACGCUACUGCUGUGCAUUCCCGUUUAUCUACAGAGGACGUCGUUAUAACAGUUGUACAAGAAGAAGGCACAAUCGACCAUGGUGCGCUUUGACACCCAACUAUGAUCGAGACAAGAAAUGGGGCAACUGCGCAAGUAUGUUCUUAUAACAGAGAUCAGCUUUACACCUAACAGGAAUAAAGAGAGGCUGUUGAAGAAUAAAAUAAAAUAUUUCUGCAGUCUUCGCCCUCCCUCUUUCUCUAAUCGCGUUGGAAGUGACUCUGUAUAUCGUGAUAUGGCGUAGUAAAUCGACUUGAGUAGCAUGAACACAACUGCCAAGCAUGACACGACGUGACUUUGACGUGACUUGAUAUGUCGUGACAUGAAGUAGCUUGAUAUGUCGUGACAUUACAUAACAGAUUUAAGUCACCAUGAUGUUACCAUUAUGCGUAAGAAAUUUGAUUUCAGACAAUGAUCAGUUCUCAAUUUUUUUUUUCAUCAGGAAGAAGACCCAUCAGACCUGUUCGUCCUAUUGUUCCUAAAGGUAUCUUUUUAAAGUUAUACCAUUAA